AUGGCUACCAAGACCCGUAUUCUCCAAAUUCUCACCCUGAUUUCUAUCUCUUUACCUCUUGCCAAAUCCAUUCACUUCGACCACCCUGCUGUUUUCAACUUCGGUGAUUCAAAUUCUGACACUGGCAAUCUUGUUUCUGCUGGCAUUGAAACCCUCGUCUCUCCUAAUGGACAGAUUCAUUUCAAAAACCCAUCUGGGAGAUACUCUGAUGGCCGUCUCAUCGUUGAUUUUCUUAUGAAUGCAAUGGAGCUUCCAUUUCUAAAUGCCUAUUUGGAUUCAGUUGGCUUGCCAAGUUUCAAAAAAGGGUGCAAUUUUGCCGCUGCUGGGUCAACUAUACUUCCAGCAACUGCAACAUCCAUCUGCCCAUUUUCAUUUGGGAUCCAGGUCAAUCAGUUUCUUAGAUUCAAAGCCAGGGUUCUUGAAUUGCUAGCUAAAGGUAAGAAAUUUAGCAAGUAUCUGCCUACAGAAGAUUUCUUUUCGAAGGGGCUUUACAUGUUCGAUAUAGGCCAAAAUGAUCUUGCUGGUGCAUUUUACUCUAAAACAUUGGAUCAGAUUCUUGCUUCAAUUCCAACAAUUUUGGUAGAAUUUGAAACAGGACUAAAGAAACUAUAUGAUCAAGGGGGUAGGAACUUUUGGAUACACAACACAGGUCCUCUCGGAUGCUUGACUCAGAAUGUUGCCAAGUUUGGAACUGAUCCAUCAAGGCUUGAUGAACGAGGAUGUGUCAGCUCCCACAACGAAGCUGCAAAACUUUUCAACCUGCAGCUUCAUGCCCUCACUAAAAAGUUGCAAGGCCAAUACGCGGAUGCAAAUUUCGUAUAUGUUGAUAUCUUUUCGAUAAAAUAUGAACUCAUUUCUAAUUAUUCCCGAUAUGGAUUUGAACAACCUAUUAUGGCUUGCUGUGGGUAUGGAGGUCCGCCGUUGAACUAUGACAGUCAGAUUACCUGUGGACAAACAAAGACCUUGAAUGGAACCUCUGUCACAGCCAAAGGAUGCAGUGACAGUACUGACUAUGUUAGUUGGGAUGGAAUUCAUUACACAGAGGCUGCAAAUCAGUUUGCCUCAUCAAAGAUACUCACCGGAAAAUAUUCUGAUCCGCCUUUCUCAGACAAAAUGCCUUUCCUUCUGAAGCUCAAGUUCUGA